CAGAAAUCCCCUCCACAGUUGAACAUUCUUCGAUACUUUCCAUUCUAGGGCCUUAUCAAUAUCCCUUACCUGAGCCUCAAAAUCUACGGGAACGGUUGAAUUUUUUUGAAUUGAAGGGAACUCCGGAUUUUGUAGGACAUGCAAAUCAUAUGGUGCACUAUUUCCGGAAAACUUGGGAUGUUGGUUACUCGUCUGCUUUACCAUAGCCACCGUUUUUGGUUACUCAUGAAAAUUAAUGGAUGCAAUGUAUGAACAGUCUGAAUUUAUAGAGAAGGAAUUAGAGCAGAUGACAGAACAGAUCAAAUCAAUUAUUCAGACCCCAAAUGCCAACCAGGGAGGAGAACUUGAGGCAGUUGAUGGGAUGACACCUUUAGAUGUAGUUGUCCGGAUUUUAAACAAUCAACUAAGUUAUUUAAUGUGUGUUGAUGAGAAGGCCGAAGAAUUUUCUUCUCGUAUUCAGAGGAUUGCUAGCCAAGUUUCUGCUGCAGAUUGCGAACUGAUGGGUCCAAAGUUCUGAAAGUCCUGAUAUCUGGAAUUGUA